CUUGCAUCACAUGAUUUGUUUUAGUCCUCUUAUAAAGCACUGAGUUCUUUCGUUAUAUUAUGACUUCCGAGUCGACACUUCGAAGAUAACAAACGUUUUAUUUACUCAGAACUAUGCAUUCAUUUAUGACCAUUGUGGUUUUGGGCACGUGCAUGAUGGCCGUAUGCCUGGCAAUGCCUCAAGGAUCUAAAGACGGAGCUAUUUUCACAAACGAAGCCAUCAGGCAAGCACAAAGUACACAUCUUAUACCGCAAAAUGCUCAGAUUCAGAAGGUUCAAGAAGGUGUAGAGUUGGUUGCAUACGAGUCGAUACCUGGUUCACAGGCCAUCAACCUGUUCGAGAUUCUCGGCGACCACGUGCCUCCAGAAGUAGUUAGCAACCUGCAAACCCAAGUUGAUCAAGUUGGAAAACAAUGAAACGAUUGUGUAAUUUGAUUUGAUCUAUAUAUAAUAAUAUUUCGUUUGUCUUCCUAAAAUAAGUCGAGUCACUCGCGUCGACUGCAGUCCGAAUAAUAAUGUUUUUAUAUUUUCUAAUAUUUUUCAACGUUGAGAUCUAAUACACACAUUAUGCAUUUACGUGAUAAAAUUCUUAUGCAACAAUGUUAUCGAUUAGUUUUUAACAGAGAAAGUAUUUUUAUUUUUCGACGUAAGUGCUUUCACCCACUGUUUCAUUAUUAUUAAUACUAUUUUUUUAUUUUUUUUUUGACAAAGUAAAUUUAAUAUUUUAUUAUACAUUACCUUCAUUUACUUUCUAUGCACGGAUAAUCAUUAUUUAAUAUCAGUACCUACAUGCCCUAAAGGUGUUACAAAAAAUAAACAUGAUCUGAUUUAAUAAAUUUAUGAUGUAGGUAACUAUAUACGAAUAUAUUAUUAAAC